UUCAGAGAAAGGGUUCAAAGUGAUGGCCAUGUCUCUCGGUGAUGACACCCUGCUGUGUAACUACCCCAAGUGUCGGGGAAAGCUGAGUGGCUUUGCCUGGGUCACCGCCUGCUCCCAUGUUUUCUGUGAUCAACAUGGAUCCGGCGAGUUUAGCCGCUCUCCUGUCAUCUGCCCGGCGUGCUCCUCUGCUCUGUCCGGGAAGAUGGACAUUAUGAGGACCGAGCUGUCGCCCUCUGAGGAGUAUAAAGCCAUGGUGCUGGCAGGUCUGCGACCAGACAUAGUCUUGGACAUCAGUUCUCGUGCUCUUGCCUUCUGGACCUACCAGGUCCAUCAGGAGCGUAUGUACCAAGAGUACAGUCUAUCCCGCGCUGACACACAGCUGAAGCAGAUGGAGAAAGUUCUCACCCAGCAGAACCAGAGCAGAGAACUAGAACUCACUGCCAUGAGGGGCGAGAUUUCCUCACUGAAGAAAGUGAUGGAGGAGUACAAGAGGAAGUACAGUGAGGUGUCUGAGAGGCUGAUGGAGAGGAACAGGCAGUACCAGAAGCUGCAGGGGCUCUAUGACUCCCUGAGGCUGCGCAACAUGGUGGUGGGAGCUGGAGACCGAGAGAUGCCAUCACACCAUGGGAAUCAGGACCUAAACAUUGCGAUGGCACGGCAGGUGACCCCUAAGAGGACCCCUCGGUUCCUCUCCGCUGGCGCCUCUGGUGACGAGCGUUUCUUCUCCUGCCUGGAGGCCGAUGGAGCCAAGUCCUUCUUCCAGCUCAGCCCUCCAGCAAGGGAGAACCGUCCCUUCAUCAAUAAGCACUGAAGGAAGACUUUAACUUGAUGCUUUCUGUAAAAGCUGUGCUGCAAAAAAAUAGCUAAAAUAAUAUGUUUAAGUAGCAUGUUUAUAAACAUUAUAUUUGUGAAACUGUUAACUCAGGUAAGUCACUAAGGUAUUUGAUCAGUUAUAUAGUUCUACUGCACUGGAAAGCAGAAGCCCAGCCUCAUUAUUUAAGAUGUUUACCAGUGAGCAUUAAUAAACAACCAAAGCUGGUGGUUAUGGGGUAAAUUCUU